ACUAAUACAGUGUUACUAAUUUGCUAUUAACUUAUUAUAAAUGUUAGUCAACAUUCUUAAUGACUAGUUGGAGUAUUAUUUUUGCGGGUUGACCCGCGACUCAACCGCACCCAUCCGUCACCCACCCAACCCAACCUGCAGAAGAAUUUAGGUGGAUUGCAUGUCACAAUUAUUCAAACUCACUAAUAAGCAAGUGAGUCAAUUUGAAACCAAAACCCACCCAACUCGUUCAUUGCCCACCCCUACGUGAAAUUGUAAUAAAAAAAGAUGAUAGACUUAUUCACAUGGUUGUUGUGACAAUGGUAGGUCGGCCAAUAAAUCGGGUUCAAACUGUAUCUUGAAAUGAUAAAACAGUUGGAAUGUACUCACCAUGAUUAAUAUAUAAUUUACUUUUGACUUUUAAACAAAAUUACGAUGUUUUGGGUGAAUUUGAUUGAUAGAAAUUAAAAACAAUUAAUGUUAAUAAUUUUCUACUUCCACACAUUUUUUCCUAAAACGAUAUUAACUGACAUAAACCGAUUAUACUAUCAGUCCAACUAUCCUACUUGCUAAAUCAAUAAUUUGAUUUGACAACCUUGCUUAUCCACUGUAAUUGAUAGUAUGUAUGGGCUUUCAGCUCUCUUUCUUUCGGGCUAAAAUUUACAAGGCCCAGCCCAAUUACGCAAACGACAAACAAGAUGAGGCGCAAAAGAGCCGAGAUUCAAGACUCAAGGAGAGAAUCUGACGAGCAAGCGGGAAAUUUUUUGACGAAACGUUUUGAAUUCCCAAUUCCCUCUGGAUUCAUUCACUGAGAGAAUCUCCAUGGCCGUUGCUCACUGAACUAGCAACCCUUUCGCUUGCAUUUUCCCACGCUUUCUCGACCAUUUCCCCCUACCCAAUCGAAAUUUCACACCAAAGUACAGGUAUUGAUUGCCUCGGAAGUCAUUUCACGUCCCGCCGGCGUACCCAAAAUCCUAGGGUUCCGAGGGUUUCACAUGAAGCCGUCCCAGCGGAACGCAAAGCUCUACUCUUUGAGUUCAAAAUGAGCAACCACAAAGACGGUGCAGGCGAAAUAAUACAUACGGUUCAGGCUGAGCGAGACUUAGGGGCAAAUUGGGAGGUCGAUCUUGCCAAGAAGCUCGAGGAUUACUUGCUGAAGAUUUGCUCUGGUGAAAUUAGGGGAACCGAGGAGGACGCUGCUCAUAUCUCCAUCAAUUUCGCUGAAGCUGCUUUACUCCUUCAGGGUUCGGUUCAGGUGUACAGCAGGAAAGUUGAGUAUUUGUACAACUUGGUUCUACAUGCGUUGGACUUCCUCUCUGAGAAGAGGCAGCAGGGACAGUCCGAUGAUGCUUCUGCCGAAAAACCUGAGAAAACUGCUUCAAGGUCUACUAAUGAUGACGAAGAAGAUCAAUUUUGGGGCUCAGAUGACAUCCCAGUGGAACCAAGGAAUUGCUUGGAGGCUUCUACCAGUAAAGAUGCUUCCUUUUACCAUUUCACAAAGCCACCAGCUAAUCUAGUCGUUCUUGAGGCUGAUUGCUUGGAGACAGGUGGCGAUGGAGGGGAACUGGAGUCAUAUCUAUUAGCCACCUGCGAUCUCUACCGGGAUUUUGUCCUGUUAGAUCCUUGUGAUGCUCCUUCAGUAAAUGACUUCUUAGAUAAGGUCACUGGAAAUGGUCCGGCAUACAAGCCCCCCUCAGUCCGAAAAACUGGUCAUUCUUCAGCAAAACGAUCACGGAGGUCAUCCCUGGGAAAGAACCAUGAUGCUGCUUUCAACUGUUCUCCUAUUCCUGACUGUGGCUUGCAGGACAAUAACUAUGAUGUGGGUCCUGGCCCUUCAAAAGAGGGUAAUUUUGGAGCUGGUGAUCAAGGGUUCACUAUGGAUGAUAUGGAUUCACCACCUGGAAACUUGGAUGACUCAGAUUUAGACGAUGAAGAAAAUGAUCCAUGGAAGCCUUUGAAUCCUCAUGAACCUGGGAACUUAAAAGUGAAACCUUUCAAACGAGUACCCCUAAGAAGGAAUAUGGGGAACUCAACAAACUCCUCAAGUCCGAUAUCUAUUGCUGCAUUUUUUCCUCUCGCAAAUUUACAUGGCCCAAUUAGUCCCGAGUUCAAAGAAAUGUGGGAAGAGAGACGAAAAAAGCUUGAUCAGCUUGGGAACUCUCAAUCACAAUCUAACCCUUUAUAUGAAAAGUUACGGGAAUCACUUGCUGGUUUAGGGAAGAAAACUGGAAACUCCAGUGAUAAUGUUGAGAGCGACAAUUUGGACAAUGGUGAUGAUAAUGGUGACCCUGGGUUUGAUCAAUCUUAUGGUGAAAUGCCCGAAGCUACAUAUAUGGAUGAAGAUUUACCCCAUCAACAUAACAAGGAUCUUGAUGGUGGUACUCGCUUUGAUACCGAUGAUUACUUUGAACAAGGAGAGCCAAGUUCCCAAGCAAGCUUAGAGGAUCUUUGUCGCUCGCAUCUAGAUGCGCUUCUUGCUAACAUAGCUGAAUCUGAGAAGCAGACAGAACUAGCUGCUCGAGUUUCAUCAUGGAAACAAAAAAUCGAGCAGAACCUUGAAGUGCAAGAUUCACGACCUCCAUUUGACAUCCAUGUCUAUGGUGAUAGAAUUCUUGACAAAUUUUCUCUAGAAUCAGAAACUGAGACCAUCAAAUCCUUUGCUGAUAUUGUGAUGGGCCAAGAAAAGCAUGAUGUCGCCCGUUCCUUCUCUGCUAUGCUGCAACUGGUGAAUGAUGGAGAUAUUGAUCUGGAGAAGAAGGCUGUUGCUGAUGGGAACUCAUUCUGUUACACUUCUGUGAAUCCAUUCCACGUUAAACUCCUCAAAAAGGAUGGAAGGCAAGCCCAUAGAAACUUUAAGUUCUCCAAAAAGAGAGUCAAAUCACCACUCAUGAAAGCACGGAACAAGGAAGCUGUGAAGAAGCUCCCUAGAGAUAGAUCUCCGACUCCAAAGUCACCGUUAGAAAAUGGAUCACCGACGAACUCCAAGUUCGCUUCAAAGCUUCAGAAGAACAGUGGCAGAAGGUGCACUCCAGAGGGCAAAAGGAGAAGAAAAUCAAGAUUAGUCGAACCAAUUGACUUGCAUUCCCCCGUUUGAUGCACCAAACAACUUCUUGCUUGCUGGGAGCAAAUUCAAUCUUUCAAGCUGAAUGGCUUCGAACAGCAAACACAACAUAAAGGUGCGAACUUUUUCAUCACCUUUCCACCCUAUUGUAGAUUGAUACUCUAGUCACAUAAUUCUGCGAUGUCAUCUGUAAUGUAUUUGGGUUUAAUAUAACUUAUGUUUAGGGAUCCACUCCAAAAUCUCUGAGGGUUCUUGUAGUAACGACACUUCGCUAACUACUAGAAGCCUGGAUUGAACAAUGGUUUUCUUUUUCCUUACAUGAGUCUGUAAUAACAUCAAGCUGACCAUUUGACUCUCUGUUGAUGACUAGAGGGUUAAUGUGAGAACUGAGAAUUGUGUCGAAGUUGUUUGUUAAGCUGCAUUGUUUAUGGCUUUGACUAUUGACUCUGAAGAAAGAAUAGUAGUAGCUUGAAGUCUUCCGAGCAACCCUAUUUUCAGGAGAUGGCGUAGAGAAGUAGGAAUCUGGAAAAAGGGUAUAGAACUAUAGAUAUCAAAUAUGUCAGAAGUCAUGAUGACUUUCUGUUCAACUAGUGCCUGCUGCAACGACUACAUAGCGCAGAGAUCUUUUUAUAGUUUAAUAAGCAUAGAAUAUCAGUUUGACUUUGACAAGAGGAAAGGAACCCAGUUUAUGAUUAUGAAGCAGUUUCAUCUUUCGUGUGAUUUGGGUGGGGUAAGUGACUUCAUUGGAUUAUGAGUGGAGUGGGAGCUACGUUAGCUGUCAAUCCACCUGAGAUCUCGAGGUUGAAGAUCAGUGUUAAUAUUACUAGAUUAAAUCCUUGUUUGCGGCCGUAGAGAUAUUGUUAUAUAGUGGUUGCUUUCUGCAUGUGAAACGUUGAAAAUGGGAUUUUGAUGGUAUCUGUUUUUUUAAGCUUCACUGAACUAUUUCAACCGCGUAGUAGUUAGUUACCGAGGUGGUAAUGGUGAAUAACGUCAAUGAUAUCACACCUUUAUUUAGAUGGUGUUUAGUACAUGUCUCGACCCCAUUUGUUCCCAUUACUGAGUUAGUCCAAAGGGGAGAAAGUGAAACCAAGAAAAAGAAGAGGGGAAGAGUUUUGUAUUGGGGAAAACGUGUGGAGGAACGACAGAUGGAGAUGGGACAGACCCACCUUCGUCUGUGUCUCUCCCAAAUGACAAAGGUGCUUCUAUUGGAAAUCCAUGUUAAUGGAGGCUUGAUUUUGAUUGAUUGAAAACUGAUUGGUUGGUUGGUUUGGUUUCAAUUUGCCAAGCUGUGGGAAGUGAGAAAUCUAAUCAUUCCAUCAUCAUUGAUCAAUGUCACCCUGUUGUCGUUGGCCAUUGUUGUUUUAGAAUAUGAAUUGCCAUUGUGGAUUUGAGUCGAUUGUUCGAAUUUUUUUAGCCACUUCGGUUGAGAGUCACUCGGUAGAGUUGGAGUGGUAAUGAGUCGGGUUGUGGUGGGUAUUCUAAGUCAAUAUUCACCCUGUUGUUGUCCACUGUUGUUUUAGAAUAUGAAUUGUCAUUGUGGAUUUGAGUCGAUUGUUCGAAAUUUUUGGCCACUUCAAUUGAGAGUCACUCGGUAGAGUUGGAGUGGUAAUGAGUCGGAUUGUGGUGGGUAUUCUAAGUCAAUAUUCAACUCGUUUGGUGUUGGAUACGAUAUAUGCCUUGCUCAUAGGGCUCAUAGGGUACUAUUGACCAAAUGAUUAUAAAUGUGGAGACAUCAUACUUAUUUGUUCAUACCAAAUUUCAUACAACGCUAUAAAUAAACACCAAUGAGUUAGUAUGUAGGAUAACUGGAUAAGGACUAAAAGUGAUGUUUUAGUCUCUGGUUGCGGCCAAGUGCAUAUUUAGUCAAGUUGUGGUUGGACCCAUACUCAACCCAACUCUGGAAUUGUCGGAAUUUGAUCAUACCUUACCAACCGAAAAUGAGACAUGGAAUCACAAUUUGAUCAGUUCAGAUUAGGGAUUGCAAAAUAAUCAAUUACCAUAGGUAUCUAACAAAAUAUGAAUUGGUUUGGUUGACAAAAAUCCAAUAAUUGUUAUUUUGGGUGGGUUUCGUCGAACCAGACAAAUAGGGUAAUGGAUUUGAUGUGGUUUUAGUAUUUUAAAUAUCCGCAUCGAAUCCAGUCAAAAAUAUGUAACAACUAUGAUUUAUUAGAUUCACUCAUUCAACAUUUCGAUCAUCUAUAUCCCAGCUUAUGUUGAAUAUACAAUUGUGUCUGUGCUUAUACGAUGAAUGUUUGGAGUUUUCUAACUAGCAUUGUAUUCACAUGUUUAACCUUUUUUUCUUUUGUUUAAGUGUGUUAAACUAACAUAUCAAGCCAACAUCACAUGUUUCAUUGGGAGUACUUUAACAAGCCGACUUUAAAUCAUUUACAAAUCGUCUUUUUAGUUUGGAACAACUUCCUCUCUUACCUCUUUCUCUUGGACCCUUGACCUUUUGACUAAUUGGCCGUCGAUCAAAAUAAUUAAAUAUGGUUAGAGGGUCCAAUUAAUCUUUGAUUAAUUUGAUUCGAUUAUCACCCAUUUUUGUAACUACAUGGGAUGUUAAUUAUUUUUUUAAUUAUAAUCAGCAUGGGAUAUUAAUUAUUAUGUAUGUAACAACCGGCCAUCAUGAAUUGAGCAAUGAAUCAUUUUAAUCAAU